CGAUCUCCAAGUACCGCCGAGUAGCGCGCAGAUCGCGUUCAGUGAGGCCAGAACCAAGCGCGCCAAACAAACGUAAAGCUACGGUUGCGCUUAGCAAAAUUCAUAGACGCCGAUACUGAAAUCGUGAAUGAAUUAGUGGUGAUAGUGAAGGAUUUUUACUUUCAAAAGAUGGCACCUAACCACAAUACAACCACACCCAACGUAGAUGAACCCUACACCCUUCUAACUUCGGACAACAAAGAUGGCGAAAGCAACCGAGAUACCUCAAACGCUUAUCCAGAAGAAGACGUCACAGAGAAUCACAAACUCGUCGAAAAAGAGAAGACGGAUAACUCACACGAGGAUACUCCAGAAAAUCCACUAACUGAAGAUGUUGAAGUGGUGGUUCCGCCUGACGGAGGCUGGGGCUGGGUGAUAGUGUUCGCCUCUUUCAUGUGUAACCUCAUAGUAGACGGGAUCAUAUUCUCCUUCGGAACAUUUUUACCGAACAUAGCGGGAGAUUUCAACGUGUCCAAAGCUUCCGUGACGCUGGUAGGAUCCCUGAUGUCUGGGUUCUAUCUUAUAGCAGGGCCAUUUGCCAGUUCGAUAGCCAACCGGUACGGGUUCAGAUUGGUGGCCAUUGUAGGAGCGUUUUUGGGGGCUACGGCAUUGGCUUUGUCGUAUUUCGCCACAAGCGUGGAGUAUUUGUGCAUUACUUAUGGAUUGUUAGGAGGGAUAGGUUUCGGAUUCAUCUACGUACCAUCCGUUAUAACAGUGGGCUUCUAUUUCGAACGAUGGAGAGCUCUAGCAACGGGAAUAGCCGUUUGUGGUUCAGGAAUAGGAACCUUCGUCUUCGCCCCACUAAGCGAAGCACUGAUCGUAUCUUUGGGAUGGAGAAACGCACUUCUCAUCCAAUCCGUCCUUGUUUUGAGCUGUCUCAUCUAUGGAGUACUUUUUAGGCCAUUACAACCAACAACACUCAAAAACCUAAAGGACGACGAAUUGGGCGAAGAAUUGGUCUCAAACCCCACGAAACUCUCAUCAGCCACAAAAGCAAAAAUUGAGGAAACCGUGAACAAAAUGAACAAACAAACUAACAACAAUUCCGAUCAGGACAAAAUGUACGACGUCUAUCACACCAUUCACGCCCCAUCCAGCAUCAACUCCGAAUACCUGAAAGAAAAAAGGUUGAGCGUCCCCUUCAUCACGCAAAACGACAAACUAAAAUCGGACAAGUCAAUUUUAACCAGAGGUCUAUCCAAACCGAACCUGAGUCUGAGGAAAUCAAUUCUAGCUUUGAGCAACGGUGACAAAAUCAAUAGACCUAUUUAUAGAGAGGAUAUUUUCUUUGGACAGAGCUUGACGAGGUUGCCUCAGUACACCUCGCAGGGCUCCAUAGCUUAUAAUUUGUCGGUGACUAGGUUACCCACUAAAAACGACAUAUUAGAGGAAAAAGCGAAUUCGUGCAAAUGCUGUCCAGAAGCUGUAAUAAGAGCGCUCACGACCAUGUUGGAUUUCAGCCUGUUAAAAAGUCCCUCCUUCAUCAUCUUAUCUGUGGGAGGUUUCUUUACCAUGAUGGGUUUCUACGUGCCUUUCAUGUACUUGGUGGACAGGGCGACGGGGCAUAUGCCCAAGCAGACGGCUGUGUUGCUGGUGUCUUCUAUCGGUAUAGCUAACACGAUUGGAAGGGUGUUGUGUGGACUUCUUAGUUCGUUUCCUGGUGUUAACGCGUUAUUUGUGACGAACGCUGCUUUGACGCUGGGAGGAAUAGCUACCAUUUUUAGUGGACUGUCUUUGUCGCAGGAGUACCAGUUCUUCUACACAGUCGUAUUUGGAUUGGCGAUAUCAUGUUUCGCAUCACUCAGAUCCAUUAUCGUAGUGGAUUUACUAGGUCUCGAAAGGCUAACAAACGCUUUCGGCCUCCUGCUACUAUUCCAAGGAGUCGCUGCUAUCAUAGGCGCUCCAUUAGCGGGAGCCUUCAUGGACUACACCGGCAGCUACAACGCUUCAUUUUACCUCUCAGGAAGCAUGAUCCUGAUCUCCGCCAUUAUGUGCUACCCCUUAAACUGGGUAAACAGGUGGGAGAUCAAAAGAAACAAGCAAAAAGCUGAAGAGUUGGAGCAAACGCUAGAAAAAGUUUGAUUAAGUGGUAUUUUUAGUUGUUUAACGAAUUUUUCGGAUAAGUGACUUAUAAUUAGCUCAUUAUACUUUAAUCGAAUAUGCCUCACGAAUGAUGAGAAACGAAUUUCAGGAGUUUAGCAGUAUGUUCAAGUACUAUUAUUGAUCAGGAUGUUUAUUUGAAGUGGAGAAGUUUACGUAAAUUAAGAACGUAAUAGAAAAUUUCUAUAGCCAGCCACAUAACUUCGAAAAUGUAAUUAAUGUGUGUUUUCUUUUGCAACACGAAAGGUUGUAUAAAAGGAGGAGAAAUCUAGAAAGAUAAUUCUUAAAGUUAGACACAUAAAGAUAACACAGAGAUUAGCAAUAAUACAAGAUUAAUAAUUCUUAAAGAUUAUACUUCUUACCCCUUCUUAGCUUCAACCCUUUUUUAUUUAUUUUUUAGAUAAAAAAAGAGAUUUGGUAUGUUAGUAUAUGACAUAAAUUAGG